AUGUCCACCACCAAUACCUCCAGCAGCUCAGGCCCCGGCGCCAAAUUCCGUCUGAUGGACCUCCCCUCCGAACUCAUCAUAAUGGUCGCCGAAAACACCUCGUCCUCACGCGACCUCCUCCACCUCACAAUGUCAAACAAGUUCACUUACGAGCUCCUGGGCCCACGUCUAAUGACAAUCAACAUCGCGCACCAAAACGCCAGCGGGCUUAACCACGCCAUCCGCAAGAACAACAUCAUGCUCGCCUCCGUUUUCCUGGACGGGGGCGCAGACGUCAACAAGGCCUGUCGUACCGCGGCGCAAGGAAAGACCCUCGAGCAGGAAAUACUGCGGGACAUCUACAAGCGCACCGCUGACACAAACCCAAAGGGGCGGGUGCAGAUGGGGCUGCGCGCCCUCGCCCAGUUCAGAACGUCCGGCCGACUUGAUCCGCCCCUCUAUGUCGCUGUUAGCCAUGGCUUGCUGGAGAUGGUCUACUUCCUGCUGUGUCGUGGCGCGGAUCCGACGGCUGCGGCGCAUCGCGGGUAUCCGAGUGCGUUGGCGCGGGCGUCGUAUGAUUGGAAUGAGAAGAUUGUGGCGCUGCUUGUUGGCGCGUUGAAGAGGGCGGGGGCGAAGAAGAGGGAUGUUAAGGAGGUGUUUGAGGUGAAUGCUGCUUUGGGUGAGCUUGACAGGGGGCUUUGA